AUGUCUCUGGUAAAUCAUCUUCUGUCGACCUCAAUUUCUUCGUCAACCUCAGGUUUCCUAGGCCAAAACAAAUUAAGCCUCAGAACCUGGAAUCUUUCCGUUCCGGCGAAAAACAGUGGGAUUUGUAGAUGCAUUGCGUCCCCUCCCCUAGAGAAGAAUGUAGCUUAUAAGACCAAGGUGUCCCGCAAUGCAAACAUGGCUAAACUUCAAGCUGGUUACCUCUUUCCUGAGGUUGGUAGAAGAAGAGAGGCUCACAAGUUGAAGUAUCCUGAUGAAAAAGUCAUAAGCCUUGGAAUUGGUGACACCACUGAGCCCAUUCCAGAAAUUAUUACUUCUGCGAUGGCAAAGAAAUCAUAUGCACUGUCAACAAUUGAGGGUUACAGUGGUUAUGGAGCUGAACAAGAGGCAGAUGACGUAUUUGUGUCGGAUGGUGCAAAAUGUGACAUAUCUCGCCUCCAGGUCCUCUUUGGGUCAAAUGUUACAAUGGCAGUGCAAGACCCAUCAUACCCGGCUUAUGUGGACUCGAGUGUUAUUAUGGGUCAGACUGGCCAGUUUCGGACUGGAGUUGAGAAGUAUGAAAAUAUUGAAUACAUGAAGUGUACUCCAGAGAAUGGUUUCUUUCCUGAUUUAUCCACUGUUUCUCCUACAAACAUCAUAUUUUUUUGUUCACCCAACAAUCCUACCGGUUCUGCUGCAUCGAGGGAACAACUGACAAAAUUGGUACAGUUUGCCAAGGACAAUGGGUCAAUCAUCAUCUAUGAUUCUGCUUAUGCUUUGUAUAUGUCAGAUGAUAACCCACGAUCCAUCUUUGAAAUUCCUGGAGCCAAAGAGGUUGCAAUUGAAACUUCAUCAUAUUCCAAGUAUGCUGGGUUCACAGGAGUUCGUCUAGGUUGGACUGUGGUCCCAAAAGAACUCCUAUUUUCUGAUGGAUUUCCAGUUGCAAAGGACUUCAACCGCAUUGUUUGUACUUGUUUCAAUGGUGCAUCUAACAUUGCCCAAGCGGGUGGUCUGGCAUGCCUUUCACCAGAAGGCCUCAAGGCUAUGCAAGAGGUGGUUGGUUUCUACAGAGAAAAUACCAAUAUUAUCGUGGAGACAUUUAAUUCGCUUGGUUUUAAAGUUUAUGGGGGGAAAAAUGCACCAUAUGUGUGGGUGCACUUUCCUGGCCAAAGCUCAUGGGACGUGUUUGGUGAGAUUCUUGAGAAGACCCAUGUGGUUACUACUCCUGGCAGCGGGUUUGGACCUGGUGGUGAAGGUUUCAUUCGAGUUAGCGCCUUUGGCCAUAGGAAUAAUGUGUUGGAAGCAUGCCAAAGAUUCAAGCAGUUGUACAAGUGA